UGCCAUGGCUACGCCAUGGAAUGCAGCAUCACCAUGAACAGCACUGCACAUCGUCUUGCAAAGGAAGGAUAUGCAAUAUAUGGUAUAGAUUAUGAAGGGCAUGGAAAAUCUGCAGGAUUAGAUGGCUACGUUGAGAAUAUGGAUAAUGUUAUUGAUGAUUGCUCUGCACAUUUUACAGGAAUCUGUGAGAAGGAGGAGAACAGAAAGAAGAUGAGAUAUUUGCUCGGAGAGUCGAUGGGAGGAGCAGUUGCUCUGCUUUUGCAUUUUAAAAAGCCAGAGUUUUGGGAUGGUGCAAUAUUUGCUGCACCCAUGUGUAAGAUUGCAGAUGAUAUGAGGCCACAUCCAAUGGUAAUCAAUGUUCUCACAAAGCUAACCACUUAUAUACCAACUUGGAGAGUUCUGCCUUCUAAGGAUAUCAUUGAUCUUGCUUUCAAAGUACCUGAAGUCAGACAAGAGAUUAGGUCGAAUCCAUAUUGCUACAAAGGCCGACCUAGGAUAAAAACCGGAUACGAACUUUUUAAAACUACAAUGGAACUUGAGCAAAAGCUUGAAGGGGUUUCAUUGCCAUUUCUGGUUCUGCAUGGGGAAGAUGACAAGGUGACAGAUAAAAAAGUUAGCCAACAACUCCACAGAGUAGCAUCAAGCAAAGACAAGACAAUCAAGCUGUAUCCAGGAAUGUGGCAUGGCUUGCUUUAUGGGGAGCCAUUAGAAAACAUUGAGAUUGUUUUCAAGGAUAUUAUUGGUUGGCUAGAGGAGAGAGUUGCACUUGGAAACACCAGAUUGGAGAGGGAACUUAAACAAAGAAAUGAUAAAUGAGCAGGAAAUG